AAGGAGAAAUGUCAUCUGUAAGCAGUUAGGUUGAAGUGAAUGAUUCUUUCAGUCUGUUUCCUCUUCAGGUUCCAAAUCUGUAGAAAUAAUCUGCGUACUUGAGACAUAGAUGGCAUCCAGUAUUCUAUGUUCAUUAUCUUUUCUAAACAACUGAAGUCCUUAGAAUACAUGAGCUGAUUAUUUACUGAUUAUUGGAAACUCUGAGCCAGCUAUGUUCCCUGUAAUCCUUUAAUUUUAGUAGAACAAGCAUUGUAUGUUAGAACUGUAAAAAUAGGUUUAAGGAAUUAAUUCCUGAAUAUCAUAGGGCUUCUAAACAUACAGAAAUGCCAAUCUCAUUCAUAGUUUAUGAAACUAUCAGUAGAAGUAUUUUUAGUUGCAUGUUGGAGAUCUAUAGGCAGUUCACUGUUGUGAAACAUCCAAAAAGGAGAAAUAACAUUAUGCACCUUUAAAAUCUUUACUAAAAAUUUACUAAAAAUUUCUUUUUCAGGUAGAGGUGAACACACCAUUACAUAAGCCUCUAAUCAGAUUGGAAGUCUCUAAAGACAUAAAGGAAAACUCAUGUAGAGUAUUAAGAGUAGGAUCUCUCCACUAUCAAUAUUAAACUCUCUUAAUAUAUUCAGGCACAGUCGAGUAAGCGCACCCCAAAAAGUCUCCCUCUUGAAGUAAGUAGGAUGAUGCAGACCCAGUGCCAGAACGAGGAUUUCAUUGAAGUGCUAGUGAAUUCACAUGAAAGGCUUUUGAACAGAGAAGACUCUUUCUUCACAGGGUGGGUAAGUAACUAAAAGUAAAGAAGUAGAAAUAUGUAUGGUUAAACAUUGGCGAGUGGACCGAGAGGAGAAAUAUGAAAUAGUUGAAAAGUGGUUUUUGAAAGAUCUUGAGAUGAUUGAUGGAAAAGAAGCAGAUACAGAUAAUCCAUAUUUUGAUAUGCAUUUCAACAAAGUCUACAAUAUGGAAGCAUAUAGUUGUGCAUCUAAAUAUACCUUUGCUCGAACACUAAACGAACUGAAUGCGAUGUACCUUAAGAAGGACUUCAAGAUUGUGAACUUUGAUGACACCUAUCUAAAUGAUGAUUCAAUCUGGUCAUCCAGUAAUAGAGAUUUCUUAGUAGUUAUGAGGGUUUGCUUCUAUGCUUUCAACCUUCUAUGCCUCUCACUCUGUCGUUUGUCCUAAAGAUGUAUUUUCUAACAUUAAGGUGACUGAUUGACUUUCACUGACCAGCAUUUCAUAAACCAUCUGAUCAAAAAGUUAGUAACCGGUAUGCAGUGUCUCCUCUUUAAUUUUACAUGUAAGUAAAAAGUGGAGCAUACUUUUUACAUAAAUAGUUGAUAAUUCAUUUAUAUAUAUUAAGAGUUUCUCACUCUAGCAAAUACUUAUACAUACAAGAGACUGGAAACAUAGAACCAGUAAUUGUCAUGGUCAGUGGGGAUUGCUUAUGUAAGUAGAGCUCAGCAUUUGCUUAUAUAUUCAUGGAGGUAUAAAUUAUCUUUCAUUAUUAGCUUGAAAUACUUUUGCAGCAUUAAGAGCAUUAACAGUUUAUGUUUUGGAAGUAGGAGAAAAAAAAAAGUAUUCAGUUGAGUUCUAUAUGAGAAUGAUGCACAUUUCCAACUGUGUUGAAACACAGAAUUCCAUUAAAGAGAUCACAUCUACAUCCCUUCAAGAAUCCAGUUCUCAUCCUGAUGGAUAGGAGUACUGCAUUCAGGUACCAUGGGACCAACUUUUCACCUAUGCAACUAUAUUAUUUUUCCCAGAGAACAUUUAGUACUCCCUUUAGCCUUCACAGUAUUUGUGAUAUUGUCUUAGAAAACAAAUGUUCUUAAGCAGCAUUGCUUUAUUUGUCAGAUCUUUCAGAACUUCCGUAUCACUAAUGUCUCCUUUCUUGCCCUUCAUUGCUUAUGAACAGGUGUAGUUAGGGAAUAGAAAUUGUCUCUAUCUCUGAACCAAAAUAUAAGAAAAUACUACAUAAACAGUAGUUAUUCACUACUACAAUUACUUUGUAGGCAAGUGAUAGAGUUUUCAAAAUUCAUACAAUAUUGAUAAUUAUUUUCACCAGUUUUUAGCAAGGUGUAAGCAUAUUCAGUGCACUACAUAAAGGCACAUUAGUACUUAGAGCUACAUUUUCUAUGCGGUGGAGACUACUUGAGGGGUUUGGAACAGCUCACAAAAUGUAGCAGCUGAACUUGUGAUAGCAGCAUGCUAUGGUAGAAACAGAGGAUAAGUUGCAGCUGUGUUGAACAGAAGCUGAAGAGGAACAAUGUUAAUUAGAAGCAUACUGUUCCUGCCCAGUGUCAGUCAGCCGAGUUAGCUGGCUGUUCAUCCCAUGGUAAAUAAAAUAAUGCCAACCUGUUGUAGGGAGAAGAUUGCAACACCAACCCGAAAGAAUCUCCAUUCAGAGAAGCUUCUGGUCAGAAUGUCCUGCAGGAGAAAACUAAUUUUCUCCUUUGGCAGCCACGAGAGUUCAGGAAGGCAGGCUGGGGACUAGACCGGGUAUGGACCUGGAGCUGAGUGAUGUCAGCUCCCAGUAAAUCAGAGUUUGUGUCCUCUCUCAGCACCUGCCAUCUCUAAAAUGGGAUAGCUGUGCAAGGGUGCUGUGCUGUACUGUGCCUUGUACUUUGCUUUUGUCUUUCAUGUGAACUCCCAUCUUUGAAAAUAUUUGUGCAAAUACGUUGUAUUCCAAAUUGAAAUAACAUCAAGUUAAGUGAGAAUAUAUUUGAAAACCUGUAAAAUGUACAGCUUUCUACUUUUUAAAUGUUAUCUUAUUGCAUGUACAUAGGAAAGCCCAUAUCUUUGAUUAGUUCGUAUUAAUAAAUAUUUAUUCUAGGCAUAUAUUGCAAAUUACAUUGGUUCUAACACAGAUCUUAAUAAUUAUUACUGUGUAGUAAGACAGCUCUGAGGGCAGUUUAUGUGGGUAACACAAAUCAUCUGGAAUUUUUAAGGACUUAGGUCUUAAAUUUGCCACCUAAGUGCUGUUAGAGAGAAAAAUUGUAAUUUUAGUGAUUGGUCUGGUCGCACAAUAUAAUUGUUCUUUUGAGAAUGUCUUUGGGAUAAUCCUGUGCAAGUAGCUGUGCUGUGAUGUUUGAUUAUUAUCUGCAAGAAGUAUUCACCCAGCAUCCAGGUUCCACAAAACCAUCUUAUAUAGAAAGUAUAAUUCAUGCUACUGCUCUCUAUGAUACAUUGUCUUGUUUGAAUUGUGUAUUGGUUGCUGAGGUCACAAUGUUUUCCACAAUAUCUACAAGUUCUUUGCUUAACAGGCACAAGGAAAUGUUUCUGGGUGGAAAAGCUUUCAUCAUUCACCUUGUAAUUGUAAUAAACAUAGAACUCUAAAAAUGA